CUCCGAUCUCUGCUCUCUCGUCUACCCUUUAAAUCUUUAUCGCUUUCUUCUUUACCUAAAUUUACCCUCUUCUUCUUUAAUAAUGGCGAGAGACAGACUUGCGGCCAUGAGGGCCCAGCAGCAAGGGAUGUACGGGGGCUCAAACAAUUCCUACCCGACGCAGGCGUCUGGAGGAUACGGCCAGAGGUCCAACCAGUAUAACAACCUUUCCGACUAUGAGAUGUCAGACGUCGGUGGAAGCAGGACAUACAACGCAGCGCCAACACCAGUCGGUACACCAGGAGACGCAAUGUCAGCAUUCUAUGCUGAGAUUGCCUCUAUCCAAGACUCUAUCCGCGCUUUCAACGAAAAUAUCUCUCGUAUUGGAGAACUGCAUUCACGCUCGUUGAACAAUAUGGAUGAUGUCGCCGCUCAGCAAAACAGCGCUGCACUCGAUGAUUUGGUUGCGGAGACCAGUGCAUUGAGCGCCACCUUGAAACGUAGGAUCAAGGCCUUGGAAGCACAAGGUGCUUCAGGCCGAGACGGACAGAUACGAAGGGCGCAGACAGGGCUUGUCAAAUCCAAGUUUGUUGAGGCCAUCCAGACGUACCAGUCGGUAGAGCAGCAAUACCGCACUAAACAUAAGCAGCGCCUUGAACGGCAAUUCAAGAUUGUUAAACCCGACGCUACCCCGGAAGAAGUGCGCGCAGUGGUGAAUAAUGAAAACAAUGGACAGAUCUUUUCUCAAGCUUUGAUGAACUCCCAAUUUACGAACGCCCAAAUGGCUUACCGUGAAGUGCAAGAACGACAUGAGGACAUCAAGCGUAUUGAAAAGACAUUGGCGGAGCUUGCUCAACUCUUCAACGACAUGAGCAUUCUUGUCGAGCAGCAGGACGAAGUCAUCAACACCAUUGAAACCCAGGCCUACAACGUUCAAGCUGACACCGAGGCUGCGUACAAACACACCGAGGAUGCUGUCAAAUCGGCAGCGGCCGCCCGCAAGAAACGAUGGAUAUGCUUCUUUAUCAUCCUCAUUGUUGUUCUUGCUAUCGUCGGCGGUGUUGUCGGAGCCAUUGUGAGCAAGCAAAACACUGGCAGCAAGUGAUGCCAGAAAGCUUCCGUUACAUCUGUUUCGAGUUCUUUGUUUAAUUCGCAUUCUUUGGCACGAGGACAAGUUAUAUCUAUCUCUUUGACGACGAUACCAUUUCUAUUUUUUCUCGCUACACGGACGACUUUCUAUCUGCUUGGCUGAACCAUUAGGAUAAUGCUGAUAAUAGUCUCUCUUAAAAUCCAAGGCAAAGGGCUGUUCACUCC